AUUUGUCUCUCUGUCGGGCCUGUCCCUUUAACAGCACUCGGUUGUUCCCGGAGAAAGUCGGCGCAGUUCGUCAUCGACCUCUUUCACUGCGGCUUCAUCGCCAAGCGGACUAACCCGCUGCUCUCAUCCGAUCCCUCAGCGCGGACUGUCGGAUCCCUGAACUGUCCAGCCCCGGUUCCCGGAGAAGCGUCCAGCUCCUGUCCAAAUGCAAGCGAUCAAAUGUGUGGUGGUCGGCGACGGGGCUGUGGGAAAGACCUGUCUGCUGAUCAGCUACACCACCAAUGCCUUUCCUGGUGAAUACAUCCCCACUGUCUUUGACAACUACUCUGCCAAUGUAAUGGUGGAUGGGAAGCCAGUGAAUCUGGGCCUCUGGGACACGGCAGGACAGGAGGACUAUGAUAGAUUAAGACCAUUGUCUUACCCACAGACGGAUGUGUUCUUGAUAUGCUUCUCCCUGGUCAGUCCGGCCUCCUUUGAGAACGUCCGAGCUAAGUGGUACCCAGAGGUGAGACACCACUGCCCCAACACACCCAUCAUCUUGGUGGGGACGAAGUUGGACCUUCGAGAUGACAAGGACACCAUCGAAAGGCUGCGGGACAAGAAGCUGUCUCCCAUUACCUAUCCUCAGGGUCUGGCUAUGGCGAGGGAGAUUGGGGCUGUGAAGUACCUGGAGUGCUCCGCACUGACCCAGCGAGGCCUGAAGACAGUAUUUGACGAGGCCAUCCGAGCCGUGCUCUGCCCUCCACCAGUGAAGAAGAGAGGGAAGAGAUGCACCAUGUUCUGAGGAAGAGGCACUGCUACAAACACCACAUCAUCAUGAACAACACACACACUUUCUUUGAGAGAAUGAGAGCUAAAACUGGUGAGAGUGAGUGUGCAGUUCAGUGAUUGCUUUCUGUAGUAUUUUUUUUUCUUUUUCAGAACCAUAUUAGUUAGAUGACCAACAUUCUUUUUUUUUUUACCAUUCCUGAAUAAGAUGGUAGGUUCCCUGUGAAUGGCACUGACUGUCCGUCUCCGUUGUACUGUUGCCAGGAGGACUGCAGCUUUCCACAACUGUCUUUCUACUGCUCUUCUCUCUCAGCCAUGCUUGCUUAAAUUAACACAGUGGUCAUUACACAGAACGUCAGGUGUUGAUAGGUUCAGGGUUGAAGUUAUCCUCUGCUCCCUCUCUAAGAUCAGCUCAUUCAGCUCUGGAAACAUUCUGGCUGCUAAAGCUGCAUUCCAGUUACCUGGGAAGUCAGAACUCAGAGCUGGGUUUGACAUCAGACCCAGCUCUGAGCAUGAACAUGGCAAGCUCAUAAACAUUGUUCACAGUAUCUCAUACAAACAUCAUUUUAAGGAAUGGAAUAUUGAAUAUUGAUUUUUUUCUUCCAUAUGUGUCUUGCAAAAUAAGCAUUUUUCCACCACAGCUUACUACUGUUGAUGCGAGGAGCGACCACACUGAAGCGUGAAUGUGGGAGUUGCUCCACUUUCCCUUUGGGAAAUCUGACUUUGGUUGGCAUUCCAGUUGAAGUUUCAGGAAAUCAGAAUUUCCCAGUUCCAAGUACAACUGGAACGCAGCGUGUCAGAGCUAUCAUUUUCUGAGCUGCACUUUGAGAUAAUAAACAUGUCUAGCUGUGUGAAACAUCCUGGUCAGACCACCUGAGAAUGAACGCUGAGUUCAGGUCUGCAGCUCACACUAAUGUGGUUGCUUAUGGUCAAAACAGAAAGCACAGCUUAUGUUUUAGGCCUAAAGGAAGUAUGUAAAAUAUUUUAACACAGCUGUAUCAUGUGAUCUGAGGCUUUUUUAAAAAAGAUGCCUGUUUGUCAAUUUUUACAGAAAAGGUGCAAGCUGUCAGAGUAACUGGUUAUACCAGCUGAUGGAUUAUUUAUCCAUGAGAAUUUAGCUCAGCUGUAACUUCUCGCCUGCCUUCCUUUAUUUACAUCUGUACACAAACAAUGUGAAAUCAUAAUUUCAUAGCAGCUUUUUCAUUUUCAAAGGAAAUUCUUUAAGCUUGAAACACGAGUCGACUUCCUGGUUUCCUGGAUCUGGGAUUUGGGCUGAGAGCUCAUCUGGUGCCAGUGAGGCUCAUGCUGGUCAACACUCAGUUCUGGCAAGCGGCUGAUCUUAGACAAGAAUCAGUGGGAAACUUCAACUACAGUCAGGAAAUCAGAGCUGCUUUGUAGGUUUGCUUUCGAAAAAUGAAAAGUCUCUAAUUUUUGUUGUAAUUUAACACAGAGACAAAAUGUCCGCAAAAGAUCCAGAAAACAAAAUGCAAUUUUGAUUCAAACUUUCUUCAGAAGUAUUUGAUCAAAACCUGCUGUGAUGUUGGUGGGAGAGGCUGUUUGGAAGCACAGCGGUCUGACGGACCAUCAGCAGGUCAGACAGGUCUGAGUAAGGAUCUCAACAAAACCUUCAGCAGAUCUGAGCUCUGGAAACCAUUGCCAUGGUGAUGUGUUCCAGUCCAUGCUUACUGGUCGUGGUUCAGUUUUCAGCCCCUUACAUUCAUCCUGCACCGAGGGCUGACUGUCGUCUGAUAGAAUAUCCAGAACCGCACAGCACUCUGGGAGAUGUAGGCAGGGGGGAAGGCUUUCGCUGCUCAACCUCUCACAUUAGUGACAUCAACCAACGCACUUAGUCUUUGGUUACCAAGCAACAACCUGUUGAGUAACUUGUGUAGCAGCUGUUUCAGGUUUUGCCACCGUUCCUCAUAACUGCUAAAAGCUAAAAACAAUAACAUGGAGUGAAAACUGGAUAAAACAGGGAAUUCAUGCCACUGAUUUGGUCGUACUUCAGAUAUUUAAAACAAAAAGCGCUUCAAUAAUUAUUGAUAUCCACUGAUAUAAAACUCUUACAUUGUGACAGGUUCUGUUGCCGUAUCGUUCGGCCCUCCCGGCUCCCAGCAGGUCCAGUUGAUGCCGUACAGCUUGGCUUUAGUCUCAAUAUCUCCUCAACACAUAACACCUGCAGAAUGAAGAAGCUGGUCAUGUGCCUUCUCCAUGGGGAGCUGAACUUUGACCUUCACUUAGUCAGUGUAGAGAUUCCAUUCUGCUGUGGUUCAGUUGCUCCUGGCUUCUCGUUUGUCAGAGGUGAGACCCUUCAUGGAUCUGCUCCUGAACACACUGCAUGCUCAUUAACCAAACUUCAGACUGAAGUUCUUGUCCCCUGAUGACCCUCUGAGUGGGCUGCUGUCAGAAGCUGAUUCUGAAGACAAAAAAGCACCUGGGUAGUAUCUGCUAUUGAUGAUUGAUUAACUGAUUGUAAUCUGUGUGCCUUGUGGUUGCCCAAACUCCAUCCGCUUUGCAGGGGAUCAAAUACUUCAGUGUUUCUGGGUCUAUUCUGUGUCUGACUGUUAAAUGAAUCUACCGCAGCAUCACACACAGUGUGGUCCUCAGUAAGAAGGUAAACCUACAGAAACAGCAGAGCUUUCCUUUAUUUCCUGCUCUGGAGCCGUGGACGUGUGUCAGACUAGCAUGCCAAACAUGGAGCUGUCCAACCUUGCUGCCUGAGAUCUGCCUUCAGAAAGGGAGGAGCUUGCAUGAUCUUAAUAUGCUCUGUCUUCAUGAUCCCACUGAUUAGAUCUACUCUCUGUUCGUGUGCGUGUGAGUGAGUUUGUCACAGGCAUGUAAAUAGACGCUGGUAUUUGUGUGUGAACAGGCUCGUGUCGGUAGCAGUGACACGGUGUUGAUCGGGGUGGCGACUAAAGAUAACAUUGUUUUAAGCCAAGUUUUUUAGUGUCCAGUUUUUGGUACAAUUUCAUAUUGUGGUAAUACACAGGAGUUUUCGAAAAGUGUGUGCACAUUAAGGCAGAAAAAAAAGGGGUUUUAAUGACAUCUAGUGAUGUACAGAAUGCACAACGCAUUAGGAAUAUCUGUAUGUACCUAAAUAUGUACCUUCCUAAAAUUUAAACAGUUAACUUUAAAGGAAUUCUAGUUGCUCAUGUUGAAUUUACAAGUGUUGCUAACAGUGUAUAGUAUAAAGGGGCCAAUCUUUGUGCAGUUUGUCAUUGCAGCAAACAGUGCGGAUUGCACCUUUAUGAGCAGAUUUUUCUCUCUGGUUGCAGGGCUGCUGGGUGGGGGGGGGCAGCCUCCCUCACCCUGCAGGGCUGCCUCUCAUGCUGUGUGGUUGAAUCAUGUCAUAUGGUCCUGCCUAGCUAAGGUGUCAAUAUGUAGCUGAGAAACACAGCAAAAGAAAAAAAAACUGUAAUACUAUUAUUGCAUGGAAGUUUUCUGGUUGUUUGGCCCACUGUAAAUCUUCUGAGAGCUUGUACGAUGAAAUGCAUCGGCCAUGUACGUAUGUAAUGUAAGAUGACUUGUAUACUUGUUUCAGCUGUUUGUCUUCUUUUUUAUUAAUUCACAUGUUGGUGUGGUUAAAAAAACUCAUUUUUGUAUACUAAAUACAAAUGUAUACGUAAAGAA